AGUUGACAGGUCUAUCUCAUACUUUGUCUGUGGUAUUACUAAAAAUGGUAAUCGACUGUAACUCAUGAAUAAAAAAUAGAAUUCUGUAGUGGACCAAUAUUGGUACAAUGUUUCUUAUUAAAAUUCCUUGUAAUGAUGUUUGAGAAAAUUUAAGCAUAAAAAAUGGCUUUGGUACAAGCUGAUUACCCAAAUAAUACAACGAAAUUUGAUUUGAUAGUAGAAAAAUUGGUUGCACUUACUAAAAAGAAAAACAAUGAAACGAAGUUGAUUAACAAUUAUAUUUGCAAUCUUAAUGAACUCGAUUAUCGAUAUAUUACUGUCUCAAACGAAAAUGCAGUGCAGUUACUAAUUAAACAAUUAUGUGGCAUUAUAAUACCUACAGAAACAGCUUUGGUGCAAAAUCUUUGUAAACUUUUGACUACUUUCAUUCAGAAUAAUAUUAAGCUCCAAGAAGAAACAUUUGCACAUUUUAAACAAUGGAUUUUGGAAGCUUUAAAGUCUGCUUCCUCAAUUGCACAUAACAAUAUUUUUUUAGCCUUGAAGAGUAUUUUAAUAAAUAACCAAUUUAAUAAUAUUAAUCAUGAUUUGCAGUUAUUACUUGAUGAAAACCAACUGUUGAUAAAAUAUUUAAAUCAGUGUAGUACAGAAUGGACUGAAACUCACUGUAAUGCAAUUGGAUGUUUAGAAGGAAUUUUAGUAAAUAUAAAUAAUAGUACUUCAAUAGCAAAAGAAUUUGUGUAUAUCAUCAAGAAUGUGAUAUUAAAUAUUGUUUCAUCUUCUGUAUGUAUAAAAGAUAAUAAACUCAUUCACAUAAAAAUUUUAUGUUCCUGCUUACAUAUUUUACACAUUAUAACAAUCAAUAGAUUGAUACCACAUUCCACUGAAUUCAUGGGUGAAAUUUUGGGAGUGGUACAAGCAUUUCUAUUUUAUGGUAUUAAAGACUACUCUCCUAUGAGGCCACAACUUCUUCGUCCAGCGGUAAUGAAUCUUCCAGAACGAAUCCAUGUUAUUCCUAGAUGUAAAAACUUGAAAAACCACAAAGCAAAAUUAAAGAAACAACCUGCUAAAAAAGCUACAGAGAUAAAUAAUAGUAUUGUGUCAGAAUGCAAGGGAGUCAGUAUAUAUUCUAGUGAUUCAGAUACCUCAGACACAGAAAGUAAUAAUUCUGUCCUAAUGGAUUCCAAAGUAAGACUGGAAACUGUUCAUUUGUUACAAGCUCUUAUUGAAACUUCACAAAGUCGUGAAAUGUUUGGAUUUUGGCCACAAAUUGUUGCCACUGGUUCACGAAACGAUGCCAGGGUAUUAACUAGAUGUAUUCUAAAAGAAUUUGUAUCAAAAGUGAAGCAACGCAUGUUAAGCACACUAACAGAACUGCUGAUAGAUGCCAAACCAUUUUUAAUGCACGCCGAAGAUGUUCAUCAUACAUCUUUUAUUACCUUUUUUGGUACAGUGUGUCUAAUGAUCAAAGAAUUACAUUUCACAUUAUCCUUAAUUUUAAGUAGCGAAUCAAAUGUAGCAAUUUUAACCCAUACUUUAAAGUGUGCCACUGCUCUAAUUCAGGCCACACCAUAUGCACGUUUGAAAACUGGGCUUGCUACAAAAUUAAUGAGAAAUUGCAGGCCAUAUAUAUUUCACAAAGAUCCAACAGUUCGAGUUGCGGCAUUAUCAGCAUUUGAAGCUAUUGCUUCUUGUGAUCCAGUUACUCCAGAGAUAUUUGAAAUACUUGCAAAGCAAUCAACUGUAAAUUUAGAGUCAGAUCAGUUGCAUUUUAAUGUUUCAUUUAAUGAUAGUACAGAGGAACAAGAAGAAGAAAUAGAUGCUGAAGAUCUAAAAAAUGAUACAGUGGUUAAAUAUAAUAACAAAUUAUUGGAAGAUACUAAUAUAUGUUUCUUAGUUCAUGUUUGUUUAGAGAAUAUAUCAAAUAAGACAUUGAGUACACCUGUUCGGCUUCAGUCUCUAAAAUUAAUUGGAAGAAUGGUAUUCACUAUAGGAAGUCUUGUACUUUCACAUACAGAAUUAGUCACAACAACUUUAAUUGCAGCUGUACAGGAUUCUGAAGUACAAGUGAUAUUACAUGCUUGUCGAGCUCUGGAGAUUAUGGCCGGUUGCUUCAUGAAUUCUGACUUUGAAGACAAUGCUUUAUUAUUUUGGAAUAUUAUAUUUGAUCCUAUGAUACAGCUUUUCCAACAUCAAGAAACAAUAAUAAGAGAAGCUGCGUGUGAUUGCUUAGGUAGCAUUAGUUCUACCGCGUUCACUCAAUUACCUCGGCAAAGAGCAGUUUUAAUUAUCACAGUAAUUUUUGGUGCAGUGCACGAUAAAGAAAGUGCUGUAAGAGCUGCUGCAUUACGAGCAUUAGGAAUGUUAGUAACUUUACCUGCAUUGAAAGAGGAAACUGGAUUUUUAAUGGAUUUAGCUAACAUAGUUUGUUUAACGGCUGAUGAUAAAAAUCUUGGUGUUCGUAUUAAAGGAGCCUGGGCAUUAGCUAAUUUGUGUAAUUGCCUUUCUGAAGAAAAAAGUAAUGAAGAAGUAGUUGAACCCAUUCCUUUGGAAAUUGUAUUACCCAAAAUUUAUCAAGUCAGUAUUAAGGGAUCUAAGGACAGUGAUAAGGUAAAAUGUAAUGCUGUUAGAGCCCUUGGAAGUAUUCUGAACUUAUGUCCUGACAAACACAUACUAAAUGAUACAUCAUCAGGAUUAGAAGCUCUUAUAAACUGUGCUAUUUUGGGAAAUGAUAUGAAAGUUCGUUGGAAUGCUUGUCGAGCUUUAGGACUGGUUUUAAGCAACAAUCCAGAUAAUAUAUUACCAUCUUCUUGGCGAGACCAAGUAUUUCCUGUGUUAUGCAACUUAAUAUGUGAUAGCCCGAAUUUCAAAGUUCGAACUAACGCAGCAUGGGCACUAUAUUCUUGUAAUUCUUACGGUAAAUAUACCGUAACUUUGUGGAAGAAUAUUACUUUAGCAUUCGAAAAUUCUCAACAUGUACCAAGUUAUAUUGAGUACCCCCAUCGCGACGCUCUCAUACAACAACUGUGCCUUACGCUUAGUCACGUAGCUGCUUGUACCGAAGUGCAAGACUUACUAAAUCUUUGGACCGAGAUAGGCGAAUAUGUACACGAUAUUUCUAAUUACAUGAAACAAUUUCAGGAAACUAUUGUACCUGAAAAAGUAGGGGAUUUAAUAAAAGCGCAAUCUCAAUUAGAAAAAUAUGUAAAAAGUGCUCCAACAACAAAGGAGCAAAAAAUUGCCCAAACAUUAGCAAGUAUUUUUGAAAAAACUAAACGAUAUGAUAAUUUAGAUGUUACUAUUUCAACAUAGCAGUGCAAUGUCUGCUAAAAUAAAACAAAUUGUAUAUUGAU